CUURAGGUGUUGAUCAGAGUUACCCACUAAGGGGGAUAUUAUUUUGACCAGCUGCUUCGAGAGUUGGUUUAUUAUUCACUUUUCGCUUGACACUAAUGGCGAAGCUAAACCGUUGCUUUAUUCCUUGUGGAUGGUGUUUUGCAGUUAUGACGAUUCUCUUGCCCAGGAUUCAAGGUUAUGGGGGUUGUAGAAACCUUGAGUUUCUCGAAUGUCUCAACAAUAAAUCAUUCACUGGUCACGUGAUCAAGUCCCUCGAAGUCUUAGCAUCGGGAGAGGAUGAAUGUCAGUCGCUGUGCUUUCUUGAAGGUCAAUGUGUCUCGUACAACUUGGGUCCAGUAAAAGAUCAUAAACGAGCGUGCGAGCUGAGUUCAUCUGAUCAUUGGACAUUCCCUGAUGCUCUUAAAGACAUGAAGGGCCACGAAUACUGCCCUAUCAAGAAUCAAUGUUCAUCCAAACCUUGUCCUUCUAAUAAACCGUUUUGCUAUCGUGACUUGGCCAGAGAUGCCUUUAUUUGUAGAGAUGGUCAAUGGGGUCAAUGGGGACCCUGGUUCUGCAGCUGCCCAGCGCAAAGAGCUCGGUUAUGUGUCACUACCGCUAACAACCCCGCAAAGGACUGUGGUCCUGGUGAAGCAGUGGAGGUCAAUCAAUGCGAUUCACUUCAAAAUGAGCCAAACUGUGUUCUGUUUGACUUUGAAUUUGGACGGCUAGACGGUUGGAACUUAACAGGAACAGCAUUCAACAACCAGCCAACUUAUGGUGAUAACAUCGCGGCUCGUGGAGGUGGUGCUGCUAACAUGAAAGGCGAUUGGUUCAUUGCUACAUACGAUAACCGACCCAAUCCAUCUUAUCCAGCAGGCGGUCGACAAGGAGAUAGUCACGUGGGUUCUGCAACUUCACCGCCAUUUGUCAUCCUCGGGACAAAAUUGAAGUUCCUGAUUGCUGGAAAUAGAGAUAAAAAGAAAUCCCGUGUCGAGUUGUUGAUAAGAGGAACUGUUGUUAGAGCAAUUGCUCCACCUAAAACCGGUAAUGGUAUGACCGAGAUGGAGCUCGAUAUAACUGAGUUUAAAAAUCAAGUUGCAAAGAUACGACUUGUUGAUAACUAUUCAGGAAGUUGGGGUUUUAUCAACGUGGAUCAUAUUUACCUACAGAAAUAACUAGGGAGAAAUCAAACAACUUGCUAGUUUAAAUAUUUAAAAAAAUACUUGUCAAUAAUUGUUCGUCUGGAAAAACUUCCAUGUUGUACACCCAACCACAGAGCAGCCCACCCCUUGCAUGCUUUUAAGCAUAUUAAAAUAUUGUUCAUUUAUUGUAUUUAAUCCAUUAUGAAUAUAUUGAUGAAUAUACACAAGUUUAUCGAAAACAGUUAGAGAAAAGUGCUCUUUGCUUACUUACUUUGCAUG